AUGAACCCAGCCGUGAGUCUGCUUCAGGUCAUUCUCCCCCUGGUGGCCGUGUCCAUCGCAGCAGUCCUGCUCCUGUGCUACUACCGCUACUCCAAGAAGCGCAGGGGUCCUAUGACGUCACCACGCCCCGGGAGAGUGCGCGUGGGGCAGAGGUGGGGGUCCUGUGCCAGAGGGCCCCUCCUAGGUACAGCUCCAUGGAUCCACCUCCGCCGUACUCACCGCUGGAUCCGCACCUUCUUGUGGCCCCCUGCAGAGCCCCCGCCAUACACCAGGACAUUAGGACACCAGGCACUUGAGAACUGUGGGCAGGACUUUAAAGAUGUCCUCUGA